GUCUUGGCAAGUAGCUGUGAGUACUGUGCCGCUACGACUCAAAAGACAUUGGAGAGUAACGCUGGCAUCCCAUAGGUGUACGGCUCGUACUGUGCUCUGCUUUUUACGCCGCUAUGUGACACGUCGCGAAUGAAUGACAUGCUCGCUCGCCAAUGCCUCGACCAUCUGUCACUGAAGCUGCCACCAUUGCGGAUUGCGGCGCCAGGAUUUCUGCGGAUACAUGCGGAUGAAGUCAUCGACUGUCGCUCACCAUCCUCAUCUUCCAGGCUCGACACUGAUUAGAUGAGGGCACCUGCGGUUUUGUCACCAGGCUGCUCGCUCAGACCUCGGAUUCACCAUGCUGGACAAGCAGUGACCAGGCGAUGUCGCCUCCCUGCAUCUACGGAUGUGGCCAAUGGUCAAAUGAUCCACGAUUUCCCUUGAUCCGCAUCGCCCGAUACUAGCUACGGUCAACUCAGCACAGAUCUGGCUAGCUACUAGCUCUGCUCAUGCAGUACGGUAUACGAGUCGAGAACAUAGCGAGCAGUGCUUUCCAGUGCGUUACUCUCGUGACUGGAGGUCGCCCGGUGCUAUGCUUUCCGCCGGCAGUGUUUGGCCAAAAAGAUAUAUAAGAGGGCUCGACUUCGCUGAGAAUAAAGUCCCAUCACCAACAACCACAUCCACUUCCAACAGAUCAACUACUUCUUCCUCUGUAGAAGACACUCAAACAAACCAACACUUUCACCAUGCGAUUUGCUACCGCCUUUGCCGUUCUCGCUGCUGUCGCUGCCACUGCUGGGGCGGCUCCUACCGGUAACAAGGGCCAGGAGUCUGCCAGUCUUUCUUUCUCCGGCCCUCCUCCCUCUGGCACUGGCGCUUCUGCCCCUCCCUCCGACGGUAUUCAACAGAAGCGAGGCGGCAAUGACCAGGCUCCUCCUGCUGGCCAGGAGUCCGCCAGUCUCUCCUUCUCUGGACCCCCUCCCUCUGGGGCUCCUCAGCAGAAGCGUGGCGACAACAAGAUCGCUCCCUCCGGUGCCCCUCCUGCCGAUGCUCACCAGCAGAGGCGAGGUGACAACAAGAACGCCCCCUCAGGUGUUCCCCCUGUUGACGCUCACCAACAGAGGCGAGGCGACCAGAACAACAACGGCCCCGCUCCUUCCGGUGCCCCUCCCGCCGAUGCUCACCAGCAGAGGCGAGGUGACAACAAGAACGCCCCCUCUGGUGUUCCCCCUGCCGACGCUCACCGACAGAGGCGAGGCGACCAGAACAACAACGGCCCCGCUCCUUCCGGUGCCCCUCCCGCCGAUGCUCAUCAGCAGAGGCGAGGUGACAACAAGAACGCCCCUUCUGGUAUUCCCCCUGCCGACGCUCCCCAGCAGAGGCGAGGUGAUGACAAGAACGCUCCUCCUGCCAACGCUCCUUCUGGUGCCCGCCAGCAGAGGCGAGACGGCCAGGACGCCGGACCUUCUGGCAGCGCUCCUUCCGGUGCUCCCCCCUCUGGUGCUCCUCCUUCUGGCGAGGCUCAGUCUGGUGAUGCCAAGGCUACUGCAGUCGUCCAGUCUGCUUAAGUGCGGACGCCGAGGCGCAUAUGAGCUCGCAACCUGCUCUCGAAGGUGCUAAGCAAAGGACAAUUGAAUAAAGAAGAAAGUGAAAGAAGCAAAUAGAAGAAAAAUUGAAAUUGUUGAAUGAAUUCCUGUG